UCUACUACCACCAUGGCGCCACCGAAAAUGACCAAGAAACCACCGAAGGCUAUAGAGAAACCAAUCGAAAAACCCAUCGCGAAAUCCAAGAAAAUGAAGAAAAAAAGUUUUCAGAGCUUCUCCAUCUACAUCUACAAGCUACUUCGAACAGUCACACCGGACAACAUUCGCAUAUCACGAAAGUCUAUGCUAAUUAUGAACAAUUUUGUCAACGAUAUGCUGGAAAAAAUUGCUUCGGAGGCGAGUAAACUGGUGUCCCAUGGCAAGAAGAACACUUUGUCUAGCAGAGAAGUGCAGACAGCUGUAAGACUGCUUAUUCCAGGGGAAUUGGCUAAACACGCCAACUCUGAAGCUAUGAAAGCUAUCACGCUUUACCACAACAGCCAAGCGAGCCAAGCGAAGUCAUGAGGAAGACAGAAUGCCGACAAUAUGGAAUUUUGUAAAUAAAAACGUAGUUAUUUAGACAGUAGGUAUGAAUGUUAUAUUGUUUUUGAUUAGUAAAUGAUUAUAUUCUUUGACAUUGUUCAGGUUCUUUAAGAACCGCAAA